UAUAUAUAUAUAAUUGCAAGAAGCAUUUUGCCGCUGCAGUUAAUCAAAACGAAAUGAGCUAGAGGGACCUAACCCUCAAAACCCUCAACGUGCGCCCGUAGAUAUAUAGAAAUAGUACCAUGAAUUCUAAUUCGAAACCAAAUGGCGCAAACUUAAGGGGUGGUACCAGGAGGAGAGUUCCCGGGAUGCCCUUGAUCAACGGAGGACGGAAGGACGACAGAUAUCAUGAUCAAGAUCUUAUUCUGUUCCAGGAGUUGCAAAAGCGCGAAAAAGAAUGCAAUAUCGUCAGCCUCCUCCAACCCGUUUCGGACGAGUUUGAGCUAAAUGGAAACUAUCAGCUCUACAGAAUUGCGUCUGCCAAGAAGGGAUCUGAAAUUUUUGCCGAAAACGACAAGAACGACUAUGAUUGGUUAAAAACACCGCCUGCAACUCCUCUUUUCCCGUCUCUGGAAAUGGACACAAAUGGCCCUGAAUUGGUCGUUCAAAGGGAAAUACCAAUCUUCCAACCUCUUUCGCGGUUUGCAGGUAGCAAUUGCAACAUAGAGGCAGUUGAGCCAAGAAAUGGGAGACCAAAAUCUCCGAACCCAAAACCGAAAAUCCCGGUGAGGAGAAGUGUCACCCCGAGUCAAAGACGAAGCAUCUGCAGCAGCACUGGCACAAUUGUGUCAUCCAAGGCUCAAACAAAAAACAGAACGACACCAAUUGGAGUUGAUCCUCGUCCGAACCAGAAACCAGCAACGAAUGCUAAUAUUAUUAGGUCAUCAGCAUCCGUUGACACAAGAGCAAAAAGAUCAGCAAAUAAUAACGCGGUCGGUGAAACAUCAGCUCCAAUAGAUUUCUUAUCCUCGUCGGGCAUGGCCAUGGGAUUGGGAGGAGUACUGAAGAUGGAAUAUUCAAAAACAAAGCCAACGACGUCAACAACAACUACUACAUGUGUCUCUGCUGCCUCCCCUGAUCCUCUAAUUGUAGCUAGAUUUUCUAACGAGAAACCAGAUAGUGUGAGGACAGAACAACGCUCGACUUCUGCUACACGAGGAGGACGAGGUCGAACCAGUACGAUGCCCACUCACCUGAUCCCGACCAAAGCAGCUGCACCAGAAACUGCUUCAAAACCGAUAAGGAGGCAGUCAUGCUCACCAAGCGUCUGUAGGGGUCGGAAAGUACUGGAACGCACGAUGCAGGUGCAGGAGAUUACUACUACUGCUACUACUACAAUAGCACUUCACGGCAGUUUGAAUAGUACUCCAAGUCUAAAAGGAAGAAUUCAAACAGGAAACAACGGAACCCAAGUUCUGGGAAGCAGAAUAGUGCAGAGAGUGAUGAAUGCUAGAAAAGCAGUUACUCAUCAUGAAGAAAUAAAAGAUCAUAAAAAAACCCAGUGCGCGGUUUCUGAUUAA